AUGGUGUACGCGACCAUCGACGUGCUCGUCUUGGACGCCCUACGCCACUUGCAGACCGUGGAGAGGAACAGCAGGCUGAGGCAGUACACCUCGUGGAUCUAUCACUACAAGAGGUGGGCGGCGAAGAUGUUGAUGCAAUUUUACAACAUGCUUCCCCAGGAGUACAUGCUUAAGCGCGUCGACGAGAUAGGGCACUACAUCCAAGACAAGAAGAAGAAGAAGAAGUGGGACCAAGAGGUCGAUGUCCCCCGGUCGCACGUGUGGCUGCACGGCCCUAGGGUCACCACGUCUCGGCUUCGCGCAUACGUGAAGUACAUGGUUCGGGAGAUGAAGCUCGAUGCCGAGUCCAGCAAGGAGGGCAACAACGCCACAGGAACACAGCCUGUGCAAUCUACAACGGUGCACUCGCUCCUCGGGUGCAUAAAGGCAUGCCAGAUGGCGGCGAGGGUGAAGGCGACGAUAUACCGGGAGACGGAGCUGAGCAUCAUGCAACCUGGGGAAACAUCCUUGAACGACAAGGUCUUAGCCACCGCAUCUGGCGGCGAAAACCGCGGGCCAUUCCUUGCGCUAGAUGCUGCGACACAGGCGGAAGCGAUUGCGACAGCAGGAGGGGCGGCGGCGUCGCCUGCUGACGUGUCAAUAAAGGACGGGGUCACGGGAGUCACGGACACCCUACUGGCAGCUGACGGGUCCCGUUUUUUACGGUUAUCUUCCGCCUUUUCCGCGUCUUCUAGUGGCGACGGCGCUUCUGGAAGUAGCAAUAGCAGUAGCGCGUAUGGCGGACCAGGCGUGGCGCAAGCGCUGUGCGCGCUUAAGCCCGCGGCGCCGACCAGCAAUGUCUCGCAGGAGGCGCAGCAUCAGCAGGCCCCGCGCCAGCUGUCCCUCUCGUUCUUUGCGCGCGCCAGCCUGUGCACGGAGGGGGAAGGGCGUGCGGAAGGGGCCGCGGAAGGGGAGGCGGAGCGGCUGUUGAAGGUGCUGCUGCUGGCAGUUCCGCUCAACGCUUCCGCCGCCGCCGCGGCAGGGGGAGGGGGAGCAGCAGGCGGAGCAGCAGCAGCUGCGGGAGGGGCGGAGGAAGGAGGAGCGGGGGCGCAGGUGUGGGGGGAGUGGCAGGUGGGAGUGCCAUGUGGGAAGAGCAUUGCGAGUUUGUCCGGCGCCUUACCUUGGGCCUGUGGUGGGUCACAGCAGCCUCGGACCCUUGGGUUGAUUCGGGCUGCAGGAGCGGGGGAAACAGAAGCAGAAGCAGCAGCGCCGGCAGUGCAAGCAGCUGGGGGGAUGGCAGUAGGGGGUGCGGUGUCUGUAUCCCCGAACGUGGCAGUGGCAGCAAAGGGUGUGGGGGAAAGGCCUUUAUCCCAGACAGCACCAGCAGCGGAGGGUGUGGGGGGGAGACCAGCACAAGCAGCAGAGGGGGGUGCGGGCGCUGUUACCCCAAGUGAGGCAGUAGCAGCGGUGCAAGCAAGUGGUGGGAUGGCGUCAAGUGGUGCUGGUCCUUCAUCCCAUACUGCUGCACCAGCAGCAGAGGGUGUGAGGGAAAGACCGCCAUUAGCACCAGCAGCAUCCGGUGUUGCUGGGAAUGCGGGAGGAGCAGGAGGGGCAGGAGGAGUAGGAGGAGCAGGAGUGGCGGAGUCGGCAAGUCCAAGGAGAGUGGGAGUGGCAUCGGAGGCAGGCAGCAUGGCCGUUGACCUUGUGUCUGUCAUGUCCACCCGCAGUGAGUCUCAGAGAGAGCAGGCCAACCCCUCCCCUCUCAAGUCCUUCACCCACUGGCCGCUCUCCAGCUCCCACCCGCUCCUCACAGCCGGCUCAACACGCCGCAACCGCUCCUCCCUCUCCCUCACCACCCUCUCCGACCUCAACGCUGCCGCCCUCGCGCUGCACCCCACCCCCUUCGCCCUGCUCGCCCCCGCCACGCCCUCCUCCCCCUGCCGCCCCUUCUCCUUCUCCACCUCCUUCUCCUUCCGCAUCUCCUCCCCCAACGCCGCCGGGCUGGGCGGCGAGGGCUUGGCGUUUGUGAUGCUGCCGUCUCCUACCCUUGGCUUGCCGGGGCCCUCCCUGGGCUACGGCCGCCUGCUGCUGCCCCCGGGGAGUACGACUGGUGCUGAUAAUGCCAGUGGCGUGUCAUCUCAGGUAUGUGUCAUCUCUAAGUACGUGUCAUCUCAGCACAGGAGCCUAGCAGUGGAGUUUGACACGGCCUCUUCCCCCGAGUUCUUCGACCGGCCCGACCACCACGUGGGGGUGAACCUGCACGGCAGCAUGCUCUCUCUCGCCUCUGCCCCGGUGCACCCCCUCGGCAUUCCGUCCCUCAACGCCGGUCAGACCCUCCUCGCCACCAUCCACUACAACGCCUCCUCCUCCCUCCUCACCGUCUGGCUCUCCCCUGCCCCCUCCUCUUCUGCUUCUUCCUCCUCCCGCUCUUCCGCCUCUCCCACCUCUUCCUCUCGCUCCCUUGGUUUUCCUCGCUUUCUUCGCUUCCCGCGCCCUUCCCGCUCUUCCUCCUUUUCCUCCUCCUCAGCCUCCUCCCACUCCGCUCCCCCUCUCCCGCGCUCGGCCGUGCUGACCACAUUCCUGGACACCUGCGAGUGGCUGGGGGGGAACGACCCGGAGGCAGCAGCGCCCCACCCGCUGCUGUUUGUGGGAUUCACAGCGGCCACGGGCAAGGGGGCGGAGAAGGCUCAGGCACACGAGGUGCUGGGGUGGACCUUCCAAGUGGGGGAGGCUGCGGAGGAUCCGCUUCCAUUUUGGGCGGCAGACUCGUUCUCCUUCCCCUACAUCAUGCCAGCCACUCCCCUGCUGACACGUGGCAGCACACGAAGGCGUUUCUUCGCCGCCGAUCUCUCCGUCGCUGCUGACGUGGCAUCAUCCACCGGCACCGGCCAAUCAGAUGAGCCCGCCCCUGGAGCCCUCUUCUUCCCUCGCCGUAGAGGGGGGAGGGGAGGGGUUGACAAGGGGGGAGAAGGGAAGGGGGGAGAAGGGAAUGGGGGAGAAGGGAAUGGGGGAGAAGGGCAUGGGGGAAAAGGGAAUGGGGGAAAAGGGUAUGGGGGAAAAGGGUAUGGAGGAAAAGGGUAUGGGGGAAAAGGUGGAUCAGGAAGCAAGAGACUUCCAUCUUGUUGUCUUGUCUUGAAUACCCUUUCUCACCCCCUCGCACUUCUUUCUCACCCCCUCGCACUUCUUUCUCACCCCCUCGCACUUCUUCACAACCCUUCACACCCCCUCGGCAUUCCCGUACGGUUCCCUAUGUCCCCAUUCUCCUCCUGCCUGCCUCAUACUUCCGCUCCACACACUCCCCAUUCCCAUCCUCCCUCCCCAUGGACAGACACCAAUCCCUGCAAUGCCUCUCCAGUGCUCCCCUGUGGUACGGGUGUGUGCACCACUUUUGAGACGUCUCAAAAGUUGCACCAAGGCACCUGCCCCGUCUAUCCUCCUCGUGCCUCACACCCUCUCUCUCCGCACCUCACCCUCCAUCUGCCCCACACCCUUCACCCCCCCUCCCCAACAGACACCGACCCCUGCAAGGGUUCUCCAGUGCUCCCCUGUGGCACUGGCGUGUGCACCAAGGCACCUGCCCCGUGGGACCCGUCUGUCCUCCUGCCCUCCUGCAAGUGCCCCUUCAAUCUCCCCUCCUUCGAACCCACCCACCUCGCCGGCCUGCCCUCCUGCUUCCCUGGUGAGACGUGGAAUUCCUUCACGUGUCGCCAGCUCGCCAGCAACCCAUGUGCCCCGGGGGUGUGCAUUGAUGAAAUGGACGGCACCUACUCCUGCCUCUGCCCCUCUGAUUUUCCUACUCCCCCCUUCUCUACAUCCCCUCACCAGAGACCUUCACGUGUCGCCAGCUCCCCGCCAACCCAUGUGCCCCGGGGGCACUGCUCGCUGCCACCUCUGUGCAUACCACCUGCCCUUGCUUGCUUACUCCCUUACCACCUGCCUCUGCCCUCAAAAGGGGACGUGGGUAGGUUUCUGUACUCCCUGCCUCUGCCCCUCACCUUUCUUCCCCCUGGACUUCCCCUCAAGGCCACUGCCCGCUGCCACCUCUUGCCAAUUUUCCUGUCACCCUAUGGACUCACAUGCCCACUCAUCCUCAGUGCUUACGGGCUCACAGAGACCGAAUUCUUUCUCCAAAACAAGGGGUUUAAAUGCCGAGCGCCCAUCCCUGUAAACACAAUAGUCAACGUCACCAGCCGGGCGUUCUCGCCAUGCACUGCCAUGUACUCUGCUAGUUAUGGUGACACGUGUGACUCACUCAAUGCCCUCUUCUCCACGCAGAUACAGCCACUCAACCCCGCCCUCAGCUGCUCUGACGGGCCCAGGCCCGGCCAGCUCCUCUGUGUAGACUUCAACCACACGUGGCUAGAAUUGGGAAAAACCCACCUGGAAUGCAACCACUAUGCGCAAAUCACCCCAACCGCAACCACAACCCCAUCCCCACCCACCCCCGCUGGGAUUCAACCACCCAAGUCUAAGAGCCAAGGGGCGGCAAUGACUGAGCCAAUCCUUCAACCACCCCCUCUUGUAGCCAACUACGCGAGCCAAGGCAUGCUCGUUACUGAGCGGGGCCCUCAACCACCUCCCCUCCUAGCCAACUAUACAAGCCAAGGCGUGUUAGUGACUGUGCUGCAGGGCCCGCAGAGCUGCCAGCAGCUGUGGCGGGCGUUUGCCAUCUCCUCCCCCACGCGCUUCUUCCAGAUGAAUCCCGGCGUCUCCUGCGACUCGCUGCUUCCACACAGCCCCCUGCAGGGCAACAUGAUGAGCAAGGGUCAUGCUCCUGCCACACAGCCCCCUGCAGGGCAACAUGAUGAGUCGGGGGAGCUGGGCCAGGAUGUUUUUGAGAAUUCUUGA